CGUGCGUAGUCGGCCAGUGGCAGUGCUGGAGUCACGAGUGGUUUCCGCUGGUUUCUCCUGUGUGUUUAUCUCUUCUUCCACGUUCAUUAACAUUGAGACAGUCUGCGCCUGUGGAGUUUUUAGUUUCAGUUUUAAGGUCGCCGUGUUUGUUAUUUUCUGUCUGUAAAAAGCAUGAGCGACAAUGAUGACAUCGAGGUGGAGAGCGAUGAAGAACAACCGAGGUUUCAGACAGCGGCAGACAAGCGAGCACACCACAAUGCAUUGGAGCGUAAGCGCAGAGAUCACAUUAAAGACAGCUUUCACAGUUUACGUGACUCCGUACCAUCACUCCAGGGUGAAAAGGCAUCCCGUGCCCAAAUCUUGGAUAAAGCUACAGAAUAUAUUCAGUAUAUGAGGCGGAAAAACCACACACAUCAACAGGAUAUUGAUGACCUGAAGCGACAGAAUACUCUGCUUGAGCAGCAAGUACGUGCAUUGGAAAAGGCACGGGCAGCUGCUCAGCUACAAGCAAACUUUUCAUCUUCUGAUAGCAGUUUGUACACCAACCCCAAGGGCAGUGCAGUUUCUGCCUUUGAUGGAGGCUCCGACUCAACUUCAGAGUCAGAAACUGAAGAACCCCAGACCAGAAAGAAACUGCGUAUGGAGCCAAGCUGAGCCUGUUUGGGCGAUAAACUGGCUGGCUUUUACUAGGGAUUCUUGUGUAUAGCUUUACUUUUCAAUUUGUCUUCUGUCAGACCCCUUUGUGCUAAAAAGAUUAUAACAAGAUGCUCUUAAAUGGAUAGCAUCUUCUUUCAUCAGUAGAAGGGCUCUCUGCUCUUCCUCGAAGUUACAACAUGGCAGCUGUCAAACUAUUACGGACUCUUACCUGCUGUUAAAGGAACUUUGCAGCAGUUCUUAAGACUUGUUCACUUAUGGCACCCAGUGGAAAAUGACUAGUCUCGAAAUUGAAUACUAUUGAAAGAAUAAGGAAGCAAGGCACAUGUUAUUUGACAUGUUGUUAAUCUGUAGGUUUGUAGACUUCAACCUGCUUUUACUUAUAUGACUAGUUUUUAAAUCUUGCUUUGAGAGCCUUUUGCCUUUAUUCAAUUAUGACAUAAGUUCAGUAAAACUUGACUUUUUAGUCAAGUUGCAUUUCAGUUUUCUAAAUGUCUUGCAGAUUAAAGUACUCAAAUAUUCUGUGCCUUGAGUUGCUUUUUAUGUGACUACAAAAAAAUGAUGGAACAGCUUAAGUGGCCCUAGAGGAAUAUUUGAUACUGAAAUGUCAACUGUCAGUACAAUUGAAAAGGGUAUGUUAAGUUCAUGUUUUAGCAGCAACUGAAAUAAUUGUAUUUAAGCCUGUCUGCAAAAUACAAUGUACAAAAUUAAAUUGAUUUAUAAAACUGCUAAUUAUUGUUUGAACAAUCAGGUGGCUGCCAGUUACCAUUCAGGCUGUGUCAGGGGUGUGUGUACAUUUGUCUGGGUCUGCCUUCUCAAUUACUGGUCUAAGCUUAAACUAGGUUGUAGUAUUGUGUAGAAUUGUCUUUCUUGUUAUUUGAUUCCAUUCCAUGGAAAUUACAGGUAUGUUGUACAUACUGCCAAGAAAUGUCUUGCAAGUUGAGGCUGACCUUUACUAUAAGACUAUAAAUAAAAACUAUUUUAUCCUUGUUA